CUUCCUCUCUUGCUUCUCAUCAUUGGCUUCUGAAACUAACCCCAAAGAGGAAGAAGCAAGAAGCUUGUUCCAUUCUUAUCAUUCACCAUCUUCUUCUUCCUCUUAUGAUAUCCCUCUCUCUCUCAUUUCUGUGUCUUCCUUUCACAGAAACCCUAGAAUAUAUCUUCCAUGGCUUUCCCGCUUCUUUUCCUCUCCUUCCUCAUUACCAUUCCUUUCUCAUCAUCAGCUUCACCCGAUCACCUUUCUCUUGAUUAUUACAAGACGACAUGCCCUAAAUUCCAGCAAACCGUCGCAGAACUUGUGUACUCCAAACAAUCCACCACUCCAUCCACCGCCCCCGGCGUCCUCCGCCUCUUCUUCCACGACUGCAUCACCGACGGCUGCGAUGCCUCCAUCCUCAUCAGCUCCAACGGUUACAUGAAGGCCGAGCGCGACGCCGAUCUCAACCUCUCACUCUCCGCCGAAGCCUUCGACCUCAUCCUCAAGAUCAAGAACGCCCUCGAGCUCACCUGUCCUGGCGUCGUCUCCUGCGCCGACAUCAUCGCGCAAUCGACCCGAGAUCUGAUCAAGAUGGUCGGAGGGCCGUUUUACACUGUGCCGUUAGGACGUAAAGACAGUCUCUCAUCGAACGCUUCCAAGGUCGAAGCUGCUCUGCCAAGGCCGGAUUUCACCAUGGACAAGAUCAUCAAGAAGUUCACGUCGAAGAACUUCACAGUCCGAGAAAUGGUGGCUCUCACCGGCGGCCACACCUUCGGAUUCACCCAUUGCAAGGAGUUCGCUCACCGGAUCUUCCAUUUCAGUAAAACCUCCCAGGUGGACCCGACGAUGAACCCGAAACUGGUGGAAGGAUUGAAGAAGCUGUGCGCGAACUACACGAAAGACCCGUCGAUGUCGGCGUUCAACGACAUGAGAUCUCCGAGCAAGUUUGAUAACGCGUAUUACCAGAACGUGUUGCAUGGAUUAGGACUUCUGAGCUCAGAUUCGCUUCUGGGAAGAGAUCCGAGGACGAAGCCGAUUGUUGAACAGUACGCGAAAGAUGAGAAUGCGUUCUUUCAGGAUUUCACAAAGGCCAUGGAAAAGCUGGAAGUGUUUGGAGUGAAGACAGGGAAAGACGGUGAAGUAAGGCAAAGGUGUGACCAAUUCAACAUGGUUCCAGCGAUAUAGAGAGAAGCCAUGGUUAAUUAUUAAUUAAUCGUCCGAUCGAAAAUUAAACGAAAUGACGAGUUUUUUAUCUUUUCAGAUUUAACUGAUUUUUCUCUAAUUUUCAUUAGCCGGGCUUCUCUUUUAGAUUUUUCCUUCUGGAAAUUGUUAAUUUAUUGUUGACUGUAUGUAAGUGGUGCAUGCAUGUGUGCGUGCUGGGAAUCGAUGAGG